AAUACUCAUUCCAUCAUAGGGAUCCAUACGCUCCUCUAUUCGGCUCAUCUACAAAUCCUACCGGGUUCCGCCUUCACUCCCCGGUUUGGGCGCAUGUCGAGCAGCUCUCAAAACAAACCCUUACUUCUAUAAAGAUCAUCUCAGGCCUCAGUGGGCCGCAACGAAUCAUAACUGCGCGCGACUCUGGCAGCACCAACUUGCAGGUUUGCGUGCCUCAGGACCCUGAGAUCGAGCAGAUAGAUAUAAGAGGUCCUCUCGCCUACCUUCUUCCUCCCAGCCUCCGCCCUCUUACUACUCUAGCACCCAACUCUUCAUCAACAAUCAAUAAUCAACACCCAUCCGACCGCCCCCAUGACUUCCUAUCCUCCUUCAACCAUGCCUUUCUACAUGCUUGGAAGACGAGACAGAGACUCUGACUCUAGUGCUAGUACUCGGGAUACGAGGCAAAGCACAGAUUCACAGGGCUCUGGAAGUACUGGCGCUACCUCCGUUUACGACGUCCCUAGACCAUUGACACAAGAUUCAAACUGCCAAUAUCACAAAUAUCAACCAACCCGCUAUGAGGAGGAUCUGUCGCCAAUUACGAGCUUAUACGCGCGAUCGUCAGUCGACACAUAUUCGUCCCGGGCCUCAAGCAUUGAUUUUGAAGAUGACGAGGAGUUCGAAGAUCGCACAGACUAUUCAGACAUUCCUGAAUUACCUGCCUACAGACAUGAGAUUGAAGAAGCCAACGUCAGAGCUUCGAACCCGGAGGAUUUUGCCGAUUUGUUCCCGUCUUUGAAUAGGCUUACUAUUCGUCACGAUGAUUUUACAGCAGAUGGGAAUAUGAACCUACGGGUCGAUACUAUCUUUCCGGGUAGACGGAGGAAGACGAUCCAACUUUUCCAUCUACGGAUGUACGACUUGGGCAAACGCGAAUUUUCUCUAAGGCGGUAUUGUCGAGACUCCGGCCGCGAAGUAUGCAGCUCGAAACGCAAAUACAUAGAGCCGGCAAGAACAAGCCGUCCUGUCCUACAGCGCUCGGUGUCGACUGCGGUUAAGUCCCUAACAAAGCGACCACAACUCGUCCGUGUUCCCACAAACGGUUCGGUCUUGUCAUCUUGGAGCCGACCAUCAACUGGCUCCUCCUCAACCGCCGAAACGGAUAGUGACUUGGCCGAAAGUAUUAGCGAUUCCAUCUCUAUCGAUGGUAAGGAGAAGGCUCGUCCAAUACCGACCAAUACGAUCAAGCUUGAGUUCUCUAACUAUGCGCGUGUUGAUGUGGAACGACGCGGCAAGAAAACGAAAAGAUACGAUUUUGAAUGGUGGGGCCACAAGUACUCUUGGAAGAGAGUCCUCGAUAAGCUCACGAAUUCUGUUUCCUACCAUCUUCUACGUGAUGGCCAAACCAAUGCGCCCGUCGCACAUAUAGUGCCUGAGACUCGAUCACCAAUUCAAAUUAAUAUUGAUGAGGAAGCCGGUGGCUGGGUACCUCCCUGCCAUAUGUGGAUCAGUGACGAGAGCCUGAUCACCGCUGCGACUGAUGUUGCCGAUAUCGUGGUUGCAACUGGCCUAAUAGCGCUCGUUGACGAUUGCAUCAAGGAGCGUUGGCAGACGAAGAAGCCUCGCCCCCAUAUCGGACUUCCACUGCUAUCGAAAUCUUUAGAUAGCCCCAAGAAUUUUGUACAACACAUGCUCGCUCGUCGGAAUUCGGAGCAUCAUCCAAGUCCAUUACGCUUUCAAUCAAAGCCUGUGGCUGCUUACUGAAAGGCGAUUUGUCGACGGAUGACUCCGACCACUGAGAUGAACAUGAGAUCACGUUUAAACACGCGGACCCAGACCGCCAAUUUUUCUAUUCCGUUCAGUUUUCUUCCCCGUUAAUACAACCUUCCCAUCGUUACAGA